AUGUCAGCCCAAAACUCAGCCGGUAUCCAAACCCUCCUAGACGCGGAACGGGAAGCUUCCAAAAUUGUUCAGAAAGGCUCACGCUGCGUUAUAACAGUCCGAACGAAGCGAGUGAAGGAAGCUCGUGAUGAGGCAAAGAAGGAGAUUGAGGCUUACCGUAAUUCCAAGGAGGACGAAUUCAAGAAGUUUGAGUCCGAGCACACCCAAGGCAAUAAACAAGCUGAAGACGAGGCAAACAAAGAAGCUGAGGGGAAGAUCAAGGAAAUCAAAGAUGCUGGGAAGAAGAGCCAGGACAAGGUUGUUACUGACCUCUUGAAAGCUGUGUUUGAUGUCAAGCCUGUUCCCCCAAGCGUGGCAUGA